CGUUGCUCCGUCUGUGGCUCUCUCAGUGGACGUGCGCUGCCGACACCACCUCACAGCUUAUCCCACUCUGAGUCACAGUAAGGGUGCUGCUGCUGCUGCUGCUUUGGGGGUCCGGGGAAUAAAAGAACAACAAUAUGGCAAAGAUAAUUACAGUGAAAACCAAACCUUACACCGAUCAGAAGCCGGGAACCAGCGGCCUGCGGAAAAGAGUCACGGUGUUCCAGAACAACCAGCACUAUGCGGAGAAUUUCAUCCAGAGUAUCAUUUCUGUCAUUGAACCCGGCGAGAGGCAGGAAGGCACGCUUGUGGUCGGAGGGGAUGGCAGGUUUUACAUGAAAGAAGCCAUUCAGCUCAUCAUCCAGAUCGCAGCGGCAAACGGGAUUGGUCGACUAGUAAUUGGACAAAAUGGCAUUUUGUCUACUCCAGCUGUAUCCUGUAUUAUUAGGAAGAUCAAAGCCAUUGGAGGUAUCAUACUGACUGCCAGCCACAACCCCGGUGGACCCAAUGGAGACUUUGGUAUUAAAUAUAAUACAUCCAAUGGAGGUCCAGCUCCAGAAGCAAUUACAGACAAGAUUUUUCAGAUUAGUAAAUCCAUAGAAGAAUAUGCAAUCUGCCCUGAUUUAAAAGUAGACCUGACCACAAUUGGAAAGCAACAGUUUGACCUUGAAAACAAGUUUAAGCCAUUCACCGUUGAAAUUGUUGACUCUGUGGAGUCUUAUGCUAACAUGCUGAGGAACAUUUUUGACUUUGCUGCCCUGAAGGAGCUGCUUUCUGGCCAGAAUCGUCUCAAGAUUCGUAUUGAUGCCAUGCAUGGAGUUGUUGGCCCCUAUGUGAAGAAAAUUCUUUGUGAAGAGCUGGGGUCUCCAGCUAACUCUGCUGUCAACUGUGUUCCAUUGGAGGACUUUGGUGGACAUCACCCUGACCCAAAUCUGACCUAUGCAGCUGAUCUAGUGGAGACCAUGAAGGGUGGGGAAUAUGAUUUUGGAGCUGCCUUUGAUGGUGAUGGAGACCGUAACAUGGUGCUCGGAAAGCACGGCUUUUUCGUGAACCCAUCAGAUUCUGUGGCUGUAAUUGCUGCCAACAUCUUCAGUAUUCCUUACUUCCAGCAAACUGGGGUUCGAGGAUUUGCACGAAGUAUGCCAACCAGUGGAGCUCUGGAUAAUGUGGCCAAAGCAACCAAAAUUGCUCUUUAUGAAACUCCAACUGGUUGGAAGUUUUUUGGAAAUCUGAUGGAUGCAAAUAAACUAUCGCUUUGUGGAGAAGAAAGUUUUGGCACUGGUUCUGACCAUAUCCGGGAGAAAGAUGGCCUUUGGGCAGUACUGGCCUGGCUAUCUAUUAUUGCAACUCGUAAACAAAGCGUUGAAGACAUCUUAAAAGACCACUGGCAGAAAUAUGGGCGAAACUAUUUUACCAGAUAUGACUAUGAAGAGGUGGACUCUGAUGCUGCUAACAAGAUGAUGAAGGACCUUGAGGCUUUGGUACUGGACCGGGCUUUUAUUGGGCAAAAAUUUUCUGUGGGAGACAAGACCUACACUGUAGAAAAAGUAGAUAACUUUGAAUAUAGUGACCCAGUAGAUGGAAGUAUUUCAAGAAACCAGGGUCUGCGACUCAUCUUCUCUGAUGGAUCUCGAUUAAUCUUCAGACUUAGUGGAACUGGCAGUGCUGGGGCAACCAUUCGUCUGUAUAUUGACAGCUAUGAGAAGGAUCCUGAGAAGAUUUAUCAAGAACCACAGGUUAUGUUGGCCCCACUUGUUACAAUCGCCUUGAAAGUAUCUCAGAUGCAGGAACGAACUGGGCGCUCCGGCCCCACCGUCAUCACUUGAGCAUUUCCUGUACACCAUAACAAAGAGGCAACUUGGAGAAUGUCCUGAAAUUUAAUGUGCAACUGUCUGUGCAAUUGUCUAAAUCUAUGUGAAAUGUCUAUUGAAUAUAUAUGUUUAAAGAGACAAGAUGAUUAAUCCUUAACAUUAAUAAAAUUUAAUUUUUGAAUGA